AUGGCGCUGUUUUCAUCUUCGACGACGAAGGCCAAGACACCACCAGAGACUACUUGGUCAUCUUCAAUACAACACUUCUUUGGCAAACCUGCAGAGGACCCGCCUGUUCAGUCGUGGCUCGACAAGGUUGCACGAGCCUGCAAGGCACAGAAGGUAUCGUCGGAACGGUGGCCAGAGUUCGCUAGGCCCUACUUGAACGGAGAGGCGAAGAAGCGGCUGGGGCAGCUCGAGUCCGUCUUGCAACGCACACAUGGGCAGCAAUGGUGCUGGACCUGGGCCACUUUCAGCGCGGCCAUGAAUAACAUGAAAUGGGACACCGACAAGACGAAGACAGUGAAGGUCAAGGUGCAAAAGAACACUUCCGGAGGCUGGUGGGUCGUUGGCCGUGGCUGUGGCACCACCGGCGAUGCAAAGGGCAAAACCUCAGCUUCCCGCACACCCAAGGCUCGUUCGUCAGGUAAGGCGGUGACCAAGAAAACGACCAAGGACAAAGGUACUGCGACGCCUGCCAAGGCUCUCCAGAAGAAAGCGACAAGCAUCUCGGGCCACAAACGGAGCGUCUCAGUCUUAGCACGCCUUGUGCCUCAUGCUCUGUCACCUUCACCACCACCGCCCCCACAGGAGACAAUCACGGUUCCUCUGUGGCUGUUGGCAGCGUCCGACGCAGUUUUGGAAGCUGUGAACCGCAACCCCGACGCCACCUCGGCAACGCUGGCGGCUAUCCUGAUCGCUAUUAGCUCCAUCCCAAUGCCUGCGGCUGGGAUAGCCCAAACAAUAGGCACUGUUGCAGCGGGUGUCGGUACGGCACUAUUGAAGGCGCACAUGACAAGCAGUCAUGCAGCCUGA